AUGACUUGCUUCAUCAAUUUUCUUUCAAUCUGUUUUGCAUUGGUUUUCUGUAUUGUGAACUCUGAAAGUCAGUUGACAGGUUUUAGAACUGUCAACCUCCAACUCAAUGCUCUCGAGGAAUCUCUUAUCAACAUGAAAGUUUUCCAGUUUCAACAACUUUUUGAUGGAACAAAACUAGAUAUGGACACUAUAUUUCAACCAAACUUUUUAUUCCCGAAUAAUGUUUUUGCAUCAAUGGGAGAUUUAGAGUUCAAGAAAAGUCUAAAAAUUUUUACAUUAUUUGAGCCAACCAUUACAAUGAAUGGAACCAUUCAAGAUCUUGUAACUAUCACUUACAGAAUGGGAGGAAGAGAAAAUAAAAUGGAAAAGGAAGUGAAGAUUGUGAAGAACGUUCAGAGUCCCACAGGAUAUGUAUUCACUGCAUUCAAGUCUGUUUAA